AACAGCGGAGGGCUGAGAUAGAGCAAACGAUGGCUGAGAUGCGGAAAGAGAUGGAGCGAAUGUGCGCAGAAGUGGCAAGGAUCGAUGCUCGGUCUCAAGAACAGUCUCUGCCCUUGCCCCACUCCGCACCGGCACUCGAACCUUCUCCACCCCGACCACCACCGCUCUCUUCCUUGCCCUCCCUUGCAGAUGAAAGAGAAGAUAUCAGCUCUCAAAUCACCUCCGCUCUGCCCGAAGCCAAGUUCUACACUGACUCUGCACGAAUCGACCUCUCAGAGGAGAUGGACGCCUCCCUAAGCACACACUUUACCCAUUUCAACAAAGUGGACGAGGAGCUGCAGUCGCUCGGCAAACAUCUGCGUGCCAUGGGUGAAGAGAUGGGAGGGAUGCGGGAAGAGGCCGGAAGGAAGUGGGAGGAGAUGUUGGCAAAGGUUAGGGGAGUGCUGGAGGUCAGUCGGGCUUGUGUGGGGUUGUUGACAAGGCUCGACCCGGAGGUACAGUCUGGUACUGCGGCUGCAGAAAACGUCGAGCGACCUGCUGGGCAGGUUCAGGACGACCAUGAAGGCCAGGGGAUGAUUUUGGAUCAAGCGUGAUCCCAGGCAGGCGUAUGCAUAAGAAGAAAGGAGCCUGCAAGAGGCCAAUUAUGUACUAGUACUGGCUCUCCCUGGUUCAGUGGUGCCGUGCGUUGUUUUGGGCAUUUUGCUGCGUCUCCUUUCCGAAAUUUCAACCAGG